CACAGAAAUUAGGACAAAUAGAUAUAAAUUCAAUGAAACAAUAUUCUUUUCAUCUAUUCAAUAAUGAAUGAAUCAGUCUAUUAUUAAUAAUAAUUUAUGCUGUACAGUAUUAAUAUAAAUAUAAAUAAAUAUUGCUAUGUACACUAGAAAAAAGUGUUUACAUAAACAAUUUAUUACAUCAAAAUAUAACAUUCAAUAUACAUCAACUAAAUUAAUAUUAUAUAACUGGAUGAAUUCAAAAGAAAAUCAUUUAAGAGAUUUUGAUAUGACUGCGGGAGAGAUAAAUAGAUUAAACAAACUAGAAAGGAGAAAAUAUUCAACAACUCGUUUUAAGAAACACAGUGGCAAAAGAAAUACAACUCAAAAUCAAUGUAAUACAAAUAAGGUUUUGAAUAAAACAAUUCGACAACAGAAGGAUGUUCUGAUAGAUCGACCAGUUGAAACAAAGACGUGUAAUAAACAGAACUUGGGGAAACCUAUUAAAGGUUCUUCAAUGUUUAAUAGUUGUUUAUUCUAUUUGUAUUUAACACAGACUAUCCACUUAGAUUCUUGUCAUGUGAACCACUACAGGCAUGUUCAUUGUUUCAAUUCACCGUUUGAAACAUUUGAGAAGAACAAAUAUGUGACAAAUGUUGAUCAUGCAAAUCGAUCUUGUUUUUCUAAACGUUAUGAAAUGAGAAAAAAUGAAUGUUCAUUUGAAAAACUGAAAAAUCUAUGGAAACAACAAUUUGAUCAAUUCAUUCUGCCUGUUCCAACAAGACGUAAUACUGGUACAAAUAGAACUACAUAUACAGAAAAAUCUACUAUCACCAAUCAGAAAAAGGAAACCCUCGAAAUGUCUCCUCAAGUAAAGAACCCAUCAAACAAUCAAUCCGAAGAGAUCAGUCAACAGUUAAGCCUAUCCAAAUCAUUUAGCUCCUUAUGCUCUUCGAAAUAUGAAGUUAGAAGCUAUCAAGAUUAUGGUGAAAACUUCCUAAAAAACUUUGAAGAUAAGUAUACAUUUAGUGAUUCAUCAAAUUUAACUGGAUCAACGAUUUACCUAUAUUGUUCAACAUGUAGUCAGAUUUUCUCAUGCAGAAACAUUGAUGAAUUAAAACAACUGAAUUUACUUGAAUCUAGCUCAUCUUUAUCUUCUUACAACUUGACCUCUGAGGACGAAGAUAUCGAAAGUGAGUUUGUUUUCGACGAAUCAUUUCCAUCAUACUGGGAAUAUAUGAACCCAUCAUAUGAAUGGAUCAAAUCUUCACGUCCUGUUUCUGCACCACCAAUAUUGACUUAUUCAUCAAAGAAAUCAGCAUAACAGUUGAAACAAUAAACUAAUUCUAACCAAUAACUUUUAAUUUCAGUUCAUAUUCCGCUAACUUAUGAAAUGUUUCUUUUUAAAAAACCAGUAGUACUUCACGCAA